AUGACUCAAGUUUAUGUUUCACACAUUUUUUGGCCAGAGGAAAGAUAUCGGAAAAAUGAAUUAUCAAAUUUCACUAAUGUGUAUGUGAAAAAUUUUCCGGAAACAUAUACGGAUGAGUAUCUGAAAAAGUUAUUUGGCCCUUGUGGUACAAUAACUAGUGCAACUAUAAUGAAGGAUGUGAAUGGGAAGUCAAGGUGUUUUGGUUUUGUAAAUUUCCAAAGUCCAAAUUCAGCAGCAGCUGCAGUUGAGAUGUUAAAUGGAACUACUGUCAUGGAUAACAAGGUUUUAUUUGUGGGGAGAGCUCAAAGAAAAGCAGAAAGAGAGGCUGAGUUGAAAGCCAAAAUUAGCGCAUAUGAAAAAUUACAAGGAACUAAUUUGUACGUGAAAUUUCUUGAUGAUGACGUAGAUGAUGAAAAGUUGAGAGAAGUAUUUUCUGAGUUUGGAACUAUAACAUCCUGUAAGGUGAUGCUGGAUGCACAUGGGCAUAGCAAGGGAUGUGGUUUUGUGGCAUUUUCUACUCUGGAGGAAGCAAGUAAAGCCUUAAAAGAAAUGAGUCACAAGUUUAUUGGACAAAAGCCUUUGUAUGUUGCUAUUGCCCAGCGAAAAGAAGAGAGGAAGGCUUAUUUGCCGGGUCAUUUUGCUGAAAUGCGUGCAAAAAAUCUUGCCUGGAAGGAAGCUUGGUGUCGCUCUAGAGAGUCCAAUCAACUUAUCAAGAUAGAUAACAUGAGUUGGCUUCAGAGAAUAAAUGUUAUCCAAGAACCUGCAAAGCUCCCAAAAUUCAUUCAUGAUCAGGAGAAGCAAAAUAUGAUGUUAAAUAUUAUUGCACCUCACAUACUUCUCGACAAGGUGGAGAAGAUGAGAGUUAAUGUGCUUAAGAUAAUCGACCACUCACUACCUAUAUUGGCUUACCUCCGUAAAGCAUACGUUUCUCCUAUCAGUUGUGAUGCAUUUCAUGUAGGUUGUAUCCCUGGUACUCUUUUUCCUUUCUGA